CUCUUUCCUCCCAGUCCACCCACCCAUCGACAGUAGACUCAUCAGUCUCGUGCACUAGAAAACACCCCUUGCCCACCCACCUUGAAGUAGAUUGAAAAUGUCAUCUGAGGAAGCCCACGGCAACGGCAACGGCCACCACAACGGCCCCACCCACAUCAACGACAAGCACCUGGAGACCGCAGGUCAGAAUGGAGGCUUUGCCGGUGCUACACCGCUGCACAGGGCUGUUACUCCCGGAGGACAUCCUCAGGACUCUACGCAGCCAGCGUUCCCCAUCUACCACCGAAGGUUUGCCAACCCCGCUCCUCUUGGUCUGUUCGGUUUCGCGGCUACUACGUUCAUGCUCUCCUUGUUCAACAUUGGCGCACGUGGUAUUUCUUCACCAAACGGCAUCAUUGGAAUGGCACUCGCCUACGGUGGUACUGCCCAGUUCAUUGCUGGUGUAUGGGAGUUUGCUUGUGGUAACACCUUCGGUGCCACUGCCUUCUGCUCUUACGGUGCAUUCUGGUGGUCAUUUGCCGUCACCCUGAUCCCAUUCUUCGGCGUUUCCGAGUCGGCCGCCUCUCCUGGCGGUGUCCCUUCGACUGAGCUGGACAGCGUUCUAGGCAUCUACCUCGCUUCCUGGUUCGUCUUCACCUUCAUUAUGCUCGUAGCCUCCUUCAGGUCGAGCGUGGGACUGGUCGCUCUCUUCUUCUUCCUGGACUUGACCUUCUUGCUGCUCUUCAUCUCCUACCUCGUCGCUAGCGGUGGAAACGCCGCCAGGGCUAGCCAGUGCGAGACUGCAGGAGGUGCUCUCGGUAUCAUCACUGCUGCCAUUGCUUGGUACGUCGGAACGGCCGGUCUGCUCACUCCGGACACUUCCUUCUUCACCCUGCCCGUCAUCUCGCUGGCACGCAACGACUAAGCAGUCAAGAUGUGAAGCUGGAGCACAGUCUGCGCAAGAGGGCAGAUGUUCGCCCUUGGUACAAACCCCACAUGCUUUGUGCGCGACUCCGUUCGAAGCAUUGUGCUCCACCUUGUCAUUUCCCUACUUCCGGUGGAAGUGAGACCCC